AUGGCCAGUCCAAUUCCACAGUCGCAUCCACAUCCACACCAGCAGAGUCCAGGUGUCAUCGAGCCCGAUGUUGGUUGCCUCAUCACAAGCUAUACCUCUGCCUUGCAAUUAACGGAUGAGCUUGGAGACGCCAGCUACACCACCAGUAUUACAUCGAGUGCCAUGAACUACACCUACGAGAACGGUCGCAGAUAUCAUUCUUUCCACGAGGGUGAAUACGUGCUGCCCAAUGACGAGCAAGAACAAGACCGCCUGGACCUGAGCCACCACAUCUAUCGCAUCCUCCUCAAAGGUGAACUGCAUGCCGCGCCGAUCAAGAACCCCCGACGAGUGUUGGAUAUCGGGACCGGUACUGGAAUAUGGGCGAUUGAUUUUGCGGACGAGCAUCCCGAGUCAGAGGUCAUCGGAAACGAUCUCAGUCCUAUCCAACCCUCAUGGAUCCCUCCCAAUUGCCGCUUCGAGAUCGACGACUUCGAAUUACCCUGGUCCUACAGCCAACCGUUCGAUUACAUCCACGGCCGCGAACUCGAAGGAGCCAUACGCCACCAUGACAAGCUCUUCAGACAAGCAUAUGAGAACCUGAGGCCAGGCGGCUGGCUAGAAAUGGCCUCCAUGGACGUCAACUCGUAUUCCGACGACGGCACCCACCUCAAGGCCGUUAACUUGCUCGACGGGGUCAAGAACAUGCAUCUGGCAUCGAAGAAGCACGGAAAAGACAUGGCAACGGCGGCCACAUGGAAGGAGAAGAUGGAGAAGGCAGGCUUUAUUAACGUCCGCGAGGACGUCUACAAGCUCCCCCAGAGCCCCUGGCCGAAGGACCCGAAGCUCAAGGAACUCGGUCGCUACCACCAAGUCAACAUGUUCGAAGCCGUCGGGCCCUACUGCUUCGCCCUGUUUACACGGUAUCUCGGCUGGUCGCGCCCCGAGAUCGAGGUCCUCGUCGCAGGUAUGCGCAAGGAACUGCGCGAUUACCAGACCUACCAUCUCUACACCAAGGUACGUAUCAUUUACGGCCAGCGGCCGGAGACGGAUUGA